AUGCAGACGCUCCUGGACCAGCUGCUCGUCUACUUGCUGUCCAGUGGCAAAGUCGUUGCCGUUGCGGGCGUCCUCAUAAACGUCAUGCUCCUGCUCUUUGCUGGGUUCAACCCGCCUGCUGCUGUCAUCCCGGACCGUUACCGAUGGCUCUUUGACAUCACUCCACAGUGCUGUUCCCUUUCGAUCCUCGUCUCGCUCGUGUUCGGCAACUGUCCUGAAGAUCUGGUGUACGAUGAGGUUACGAAGGGCUUACCUACGUGCGAUCGGAACUCGAUUGUUAACCUCUAUGAAUUGCACCGCCGCAUGCAGACACUUAUAUCUGCUGGUCGGUAG